UUCUUCUAUUUAUAUUAGCUCACGCAGUGGUACACAAGAGAGAGUGCAGGGUCGCAGCAUCAACCGUUAAUGGCGAUGCUCUGAAAACUCGUCUUUUUGCGCCCCCAAAAAUACCACCUUCCUCCCGGCCUUUAUUUCUCAAGUUAUGGUGAUCUGUACCCGUGGACUGUCCUCUCUCCUAAUGAGAGCCGUCCGAUCAUCCUUUAUCUAUCCUCAUGGAAGAAAUCUUAAUAACAGGCACAUCCGUAUGUUCAGCUCUGCAGUUGCAGCAGAAGAGCCAAUCACUCCGCCUGUUCAAGUUGAAUACACACAGCUUCUUAUUGGUGGAAAAUAUGUCGAUUCAGCAUCAGGCAAGACAUUUCCAACCUUGGAUCCUAGGACAGGAGAGGUGAUAGCCCACGUAGCAGAAGGAGAUGCAGAAGACAUCAAUAGGGCUGUCUCUGCUGCUCGCAAGGCAUUUGACGAUGGACCAUGGCCAAGGAUGACUGCUUAUGAAAGAUCAAGGAUACUAUACCGUUUUGCAGAUUUGGUUGAAAAGCACAAUGAUGAGCUUGCGGCACUUGAAACAUGGGAUAAUGGAAAGCCUUAUGAGCAGGCUUCCUUAGCUGAAAUUCCAAUGUUUGUACGGCUUAUGCGAUAUUAUGCUGGUUGGGCGGAUAAGAUACACGGGCUUGUAGUUCCAGCUGAUGGACCCCACCAUGUGCAAGUCUUACAUGAACCCAUUGGAGUUGCUGGGCAAAUCAUUCCUUGGAAUUUUCCACUUCUUAUGUAUGCUUGGAAGGUGGGGCCGGCGUUGGCUUGUGGAAACACUGUCGUCUUGAAGACUGCAGAGCAAACACCUUUAUCGGCCUUACUCGUAUCUAAAUUGUUCCUUGAGGCUGGGCUUCCUGCAGGUGUACUGAAUGUGAUUUCUGGGUAUGGUCCAACUGCUGGAGCAGCUCUUGCUAGCCACAUGGAUGUGGACAAGCUUGCUUUCACUGGAUCAACAGUCACUGGUCAGGCUGUACUUAACUUGGCAUCAAAAAGCAACCUUAAGCCAGUGACUUUAGAGCUUGGGGGAAAAUCCCCUUUUAUUAUAUGCGAGGAUGCUGAUGUUGAUCAGGCUGUUGAACUUGCCCAUUUUGCAUUGUUCUUUAAUCAGGGACAAUGUUGCUGUGCUGGGUCCCGAACUUUUGUACAUGAGCGCAUUUAUGAUGAAUUUUUGGAGAAGGCAAAAGCACGUGCUAUGAAACGUGUUGUGGGUGAUCCUUUCAAGAAGGGUGUUGAACAGGGUCCGCAGAUCGACUUGGAACAAUUCAACAAGAUCAUGGGUUACAUAAAGUCUGGUGUUGAUAGUGGGGCCACACUCGAAUUGGGGGGAGAGAGAAUCGGUACCAAGGGCUACUAUAUCCAGCCCACGAUUUUCUCGAACACCAAGGAUAGCAUGCCGAUAGCCACUGAUGAAAUAUUUGGCCCAGUUCAGACGGUGUUCAAGUUCAAGGACCUCAAUGAGGUGAUCCAAAGAGCAAACGCAUCACGCUACGGUUUGGCUGCCGGGGUUUUCACGAAGAAUAUUGACACAGCCAACACCCUAUCGCGAGCACUGAGAGUGGGUACAGUAUGGGUCAAUUGCUUUGAUGUGUUUGAUGCUGCCAUUCCCUUUGGUGGGUAUAAGAUGAGUGGGGUGGGGAGAGAAAAGGGAAUUCAGAGCCUGAGUAACUACUUGCAAGUCAAGGCUGUAGUCCAGCACUUGAGAAAUCCUGCAUGGCUAUAAUCUCUUAGGCCUUCUCCCUCCACACAGCUCGUGUUAUGGGAACUUUCCACUGGGACUGAAAUAAUAUAUCGAGUAAUAAUACAAGCGCACUAUGCUUUCCUUUGGUUUGUAAGUCAUUUGGGCUGUUCUCUUUUGUAUUUUCAGUAAUUUACUAAGUAAUUUACUUUCAUCUUUCCACCA